AUGGCCAGAUUCAUGAAAGAAUCAACUAACAUCCCGAACCUGCAGCCAGACGUAGCAAUCUUCGCCUUGAAGCACGCACUCCGGGAGGGGAAAUUCCGGGAUAAACUGUCAAUGAAAAACCCCUCCAAAAUAGCUGACGUACUUCAAAUGGCAGAUGCAUUCAUCAGAACAGAAGAGUUCAACAAGGCAGCAGCAAGGUUGAAAGGCCCCUCGGAUACGAGGGACACCAAAAUGAAUCAGAGUAAGCCCGAGGGCAACUCAAGAAAGGGGAAAGAGAAGGUGGGUGCGAGAGAGGCGAGCCUAAAGAAAGAUGGAAAGAAGGGCGAAUUCCGACCCAAGUACACCAACUACACUCCACUCACUAUACCCCGAAGAGAAAUUUUCAGCCUCCACAAGGAUGAUGAGAAAUGGAAGCUACCAGACAAGCUCCGUACAAACCCCCUUCGCAGAAACAAGAACAAAACAGAGAGGGAAGAGAAAGAAAAAGCAACGUCUGGAAAGCUACAAGAACAGGCCCAGAGAAGAGUCCAUGAGACCGAAGGGCAAAAGAAAAAACCAAAUCUCGUGGUGUUCGGAGGACAAAGAUCCGGCCACGCCAGCAAGCAACACUUGAGAGCUCUCUCCCACCGAGUCAACUUCAGCACUGUAGGGGAGAACCAACCUACACCCCCGAACAUGACUUUCACUGCUGAUGAUUGCCUCGGAACCCAGUAUAAACACGACGACCCGUUGGUAAUUGAAAUGGAUCUCAACAACCACAACGUCCACAGAGUACUGGUCGAUGGAGGGAGCGCCGUCAACAUCAUCUUCAGAAAUUUCUUCGAGCAGCUCAUCCUCGAGGAAGGAGAGGAGUCACUGACUAAGGUCAGUUAUCCGCUGAUCGGCUUCAACGGAUCUGCAGCAAUUCCCCGAGGAAAGAUCACCCUUCCCGUUACCGUUGGCCAGGGCCUAGCGGCAAGAAACGUCCGAGAAGAAUUCUUGGUGAUGGAUUGCCAUUCGGUAUAUAAUGUCAUCAUGGGACGAACCAUAAUUCACAAGAUACAGGAAAUCCCAUCCACAUACCACCAGAUGAUGAUGUACGUCUCGGACGCAGGUUUCGCCGAAUGGAUAAAAGGUGACCAGGAGGUGGCAAAAUCAACCUGUCACACUGCCAUCCGAAAGCCGAAGCUAGGAGACAGUCCUAAAGAUGAGGAUGAGAAAAGAUUCCACCCCCCCCGAGAGAGGAAAAUAAUACAAAGAGAAGAAAGACAGGGCCGAGCAGUCUGA